UGUUGGUGAUGCUGUCAGUUGUUCAUAUGGCUAGCGCAACUGUAACAUUACAGAAUAAAGAGAUAAAAGAGAUGUGGCAGCUCGAGGACAGUGCUGUUUUUUUAUCAGGGGAAAUGUCCGGCGAAUGCACAGUCACCAUUUUACUGAAUAUGAAAAUACAUGGAAUCAUUUGAGAGCCAUGCGUUUUCUCCCACAGUUGGCAGGCAGGUAUUUUCCUACAGCCAGGCGUCGCACUGGGAAAGCAUUUCAUUUGGCACCGCAGCUGGCUGGUGAUUUAGCAUGAAUGCUAGCUAACUAAUGAACAGCAUGCAUGCUUGUUUAUCCGUAGAAGCAACGUUUACCGGCAGCGUUAGAGUUUAUUUAAAUGUUAUGAAUUGUCGUUAUCUUCUUCAUUGGGGGUACGCGCAUGUCCCUCCAUAAGUCAAAACCUCCAGACAUAAACUCUGAAGUGACUGUUACAUGUUAGCUGACAUUUCCUAAAUUCUUAAAAGAAAACGCGGGGACAAGUGACGAGUGUCGAGUUUUUUAAACUCGACAUUCAUUUGUCAUCGAAGUGUGGUGGACCCUCCUCUCCUGAGUUUUGUCUUGUAGGCAGGUAUAAGAAACUUCAGGUAUGCACUUUCAGGCAGGAUAAACGAUGUGGAGCAGCUCUUCAGACAGGACCGACCCAGGACUGUCGCACUACACCGGCUGUGUGUCACUGUGGACGGAGCUGAGAGUGUUAACCCAGGCCAGCCUUCAGACCUGACAGCUCCUCGUCACCAUGGGACACUAAUGCGUGUUUCAACUGUAUGGUACGGCUCGACUCUGCUCGACUCAAAUCAGCUUUUCUACACACUCUUCAUGUGACUGUGAGGACUUCGCUGCUUGUGUCUCUAGUUCUGUAUUGUAUCCCAUCUGUCUGCGAGAGGAUGUUUGGACCAGCAGUGAAUGGUCUGCCAGCUCCUCAGCCAAAGGAUGUUCUUUUGAAGUGGGCCCAGACAGAAGGAAUGUACAACCUCAGGUGCAGAAUGUGUUAAAACCAAGGGUUCCCCUGCGUUCUCACACCAAGGACCUUUUAAUUACUGUACGUAUACAGUAGAGUUGAUGAGACAUUGCUACAGGGGACCGUAUCUGUUCUUUUUGUGGAUUACUACUGGGACUGUCAUCUGAGACAGAGACAUAUGUGAUCACAUUAUUUCAUUGUGCUAAAAUUGUGGAACUAACCUUAACUCAUUUGGCAAAGACCCCCUGGAUACUCCCUCAGGGCCUCCCUGGUGGUCCCUGGACUCCACGUUUAGAGCCUCUGGUUUAAGUUCUCUUCAGAGUGCUGUAAAGGAGUUACGUUUAUCAAAACCAAUCUUGUUUUCUGCCAUCCCAUUAAAAAAGAGCAAAGAACUUUUUGACCAUGCAUUGAAGACUGAGCUGGGAGCCUUAGAGAGUCAAGUUUACACGGAGUCAGCCAUGCCUAUCAGAAAAAAAGACACAGCUCGAGUCCUGGGGCUUUUGGAGGAGUACUGCACUAAACUGAGGGAGCCGGAGGAGCAGCAGCUCAAAACUGCCAUUUUGAGAGUAAUGGGGAUUUUCAAAAGCAACCUGUUUGAAGCUCUUCUUGAUAUCCAGGAGUUCUAUGAAGUGACGCUGCUAAACACACAGAAGAGCUGUGAGCAAAAGCUGGAGGAGGUCAACCACAUGGCGGACAAGUGGGAGAAGAGUGUUUCUAUACAAAACUCUGAGCUUGCACACUCUGUCUGUCCAGUGGAGGAGCAGAGGGAGCAGAGCAGCUCAGAAGCCAGCGGUAUGGACAAGGGACAGAUCAGUGCCAAGACCUCUGAGAACAGGCCACCAGCAGUACAGGGGUCACCCCACAACGGCCAGCCCCCACCCUGCAUGAACCCUGCCUUGACGAACGCUCCUUGGCAGUACCACUACCAAGAAGACGACUCGCCGUCUCUUGACCAUGGGUUCCCGCGGCUCACCAACGAGGUGCGCGCCCCUGAGCUUGUGCACAUUUCCGAGAAGAACCUGUCUGAGAUCGAGAAUGUGCACGGCUACGUGUCUCAUUCCCACAUCUCUCCUCUCAAGAUUCACCUGAGGGAUUCCCUGUCCAGCUCUUAACAGUCCUGGAUACAUAUGAAUAUGCAAAUAUAUUAUCAGGACUAUAUUAUGUGUCCUGUUGAUUGUGUCCAUGUAUGCAAUGAUGCCGCAUCAAUCUUUUGAGGCCCUGAUGGUUUUUUGUACUUGUAUAAUAGUGUGGAGUUUUGUAAGUAAUAUUUAUGAUGUUGACUUUUUCAGUUUUUCUAUACAUUUUAGUGUUAUUUAACACAGAAAUUAAUGUAAAGUAUGAAGUUAUUGCCCAUUGAUUGUUUUGUGAGGACUUGUGUUUAUUGUGAUAUUUUUUUCCUUUAUUUAUCUAUUAAUGGAUAAGGUACCAGCAGGUUUUGGAAAUAUGUCUGUCUAUGAAUGCUUUAUAUAAUUUUUUGUGUGCAUUCAUUCUACAAAAAUCAACAUCCAUCUACUAUAAAUUUCUCUGGUAUGAUAAGUAUUAUUAUUGUUACCAUAGAGAGUGUUGUAUUUAAGUUUAAGCUAUCUAUAGUAAUGGAUAUGUAAAUGAAUGUUAUGUAUUCAUGCCUGAUUUCAUGUGGAAGUUGUUGAUUGGUGCACAAAAACAGUCACCUCCUACA